AUGUUCCGAACGACAUCAGCCCGAAUCGAGGCCGCGUGUCGGCCGCUGGCACAGACACAGAUGCGAUUUAAGUCGCAACUGCACCGGCUCAAGCACCCCCAGCACAUUGCCCAGCUGGUCCAGAAGCGAAAGAUCACCGCUCUUGAUCCCUUCUCCAAGCAGGUUCUGGAGCGAAACAAGGAUGCAGUUGCCAAUGCGUUCCCCGACGCCGCUUCUUUCGACGUGGCUGCUCUCGCGCCCCAGCGUCUGGCUCUAAAGUCCGAGGGAGGAGCCGCCGUGGCUCCCAAGACCAACAAGUCCGGCUACGGCUUUGGUACCGACGGAUGGUACCACGUUGGCCGAACCGCUCUCAACCACAUUGCCGUCCACUCGUGGAAGAACUCCACCAAGGUCAAGACGGAGAUCUCCAAGAUCACCGGAAGCGCCGUGCUUCUGAAACGAGACCUGUGCAAGGCUCUCGACCUGCACAAGUCGGACGUGGUUAUCGCACCCAGCGGUCGAAAGAUCUACGUUCGAGGCAACAUGGUCCCCGAGGUUCGAACCUGGCUCGAGGCCAAGUUCUAG